AUGGCGAGUGCACGCGCCUCGACGUCGCGUCUCACGCUCGAAGCCUUCCACCCACGUCGACACCUCCGGCUGGCCUUGGUUCCGCGACGCACCUUUUCAUCGUGCGCGCCUCUUUCAUCUUCAGGCCCGGCUUCUGACACGACAGUGUCGCAUCGCAUCCGGGCGCUCAUGCGCGAAUCCGCCCAACCGGUUGCACUGAUCACCACGCUUCUUCCUGUCUCACUCGAUGGUGGAAGGAGGGUCCAUGCAGCGACGCUGUCGAGCUUUACGUCGGUGUCGUUGGAGCCGAAUGUGGUGUGCUUUUCCAUGCGCACACCCUCGAAGCUCGCCGCGGCACUCGACGCGCACUUAUGCUCGCGCACGGGCGGAGAUCAGGUGGACUUUGUCGUCAGUAUCCUGGGCGAAGGUCAAGCAGAUGUGGCGGCGGCAUAUGCCAAGCCUGGAACUCCGCCGCUCGAGGAGCUUUCGGCGGAGGAACAUCCCCUGCACAAAGCUGGACUGCUCGAUCUGCAGCUCGGACAAGACGCGCCCCCGGCACUCAAGAAGAGUCUGGGCGCCUUCGCCUGCCAAGUGGUCGACACUAUACCGCUCGCACAGUACGCCCACACACCACGCUCAGCGCAACCGAGCAGCGUGCUUUACCUCGCGCGCGUGCUGCACGUCCACCUACCCACGGACAUGCAUCCAAAGCCACUCAUCUACCGUCACCAGCAAUUCACCACGCCAUCGUAA